UGUCGAUUUGUCGAAGUAUAAAAUGUUCAUAUUGAAAGAGUGUCCAAAAAUAGGUUUAAUAUUAUCAAGAUCAUGUAGAACCUUGAGUAAAAGAACUUUUUUCGUUUCUCAAAUGAUUCAACAACAAAAAUCUACUGAUUUGGCAUCAUUUCCUGGAGCAAAAGCACCGUUUGUUAUUAACUCGAGUAUAACACUUCCAGAAAGUAUACCACCUGUUCCUAUAUUUAGAAUAAUAAAUUCAAAAGGAGAGGUAGAAGAUGGAGCUGUUGCACCAAAUCUUGAUAAAGACUUUGUAGUUAAAAUGUUUGAAAGUAUGGUUUUGUUAAACACAUUAGAUAAAAUUUUAUACGAAUCGCAACGACAAGGCAGAAUUUCUUUUUAUAUGACAAAUUUUGGAGAAGAAGCUUCUCAUGUUGGAAGUGCAGCUGCUCUAGAAUCAGAUGACUUGAUAUACGGUCAAUAUCGUGAAGCUGGUAUUUUAGUAUGGCGAGGCUUUACUUUGUCGCAAUUUAUAGAUCAAUGUUAUGGAAAUGUAGAUGAUGAUGGACGCGGUAAACAAAUGCCGGUUCAUUAUGGAAGUAAAGCAUUAAAUUUUGUGACAAUUUCUAGUCCUUUAGCUACACAAAUUCCACAAGCCGUUGGUGCAGCUUAUGCUUUUAAAAGAAAUAAAAAUAAUAAAAAUAUUGUAGUGUGUUAUUUUGGAGAAGGUGCAGCUUCUGAGGGUGAUACUCAUGCUGCCUUUAACUUUGCUAGUACCUUAGAGUGUCCCAUAAUCUUGUUUUGCAGGAAUAAUGGUUUCGCUAUUUCAACCCCAUCGUUCGAACAAUAUAAGGGUGACGGUAUAGCGGGUAGAGCAUCUGGCUAUGGAAUGGCGACAAUUAGAGUUGAUGGUACUGAUAUUUUAGCAGUGUAUAGUGCUAUGAAAGAAGCUCGAGAAUAUGUCCUCAAAAAUAAUAAACCAAUAAUUUUUGAAGCACUCGCUUAUAGAGUAGGACAUCAUUCUACUUCAGAUGAUAGUUCUUCUUAUCGUUCCCUUGAAGAAGUUGAAAUAUGGAACACUAUAGAACAUCCAAUCAAUAAACUGAAAAACUAUAUGGCUAAAAAGAAUUGGUUUGAUGAAGAAAUGGAAGUAAAUUUUGUAAAAAACGCCAAAAAACAAAUUAUGGCACAAAUUGCACUUUCAGAAAAAAAAUUAAAACCAAAUUGGAAAGAAUUGUUUGAAGAUGUAUAUUACAAAAAACCAAAUAUACUAAAUGAACAGAGUAAACAAUUGGAAGAACAUCUUAGAAGACAUAAAGAACAUUAUCCUUUAAAAAAUUUUAAAUGAUGCAUUUACAUAUUAUGUAUAUAUGUAUAUAGGUUUCAGAAAUUUUUUAUAGUAAAAUAUAAAAAUUUUAAUGCAUUUAUUAGGUUUUAAAUUUUUUAAUAGAAAAUAAAUUUUUUUCUUUGUUAAAAAAAAUAUCAAA